AUCGCCAAGAAGAUUGAGGAGAAGCGCAAAGUGCUGCUGAGCGUCAUCCCCCAGCGCGCCGCAGUAUUACGACGAAUACAUGACGUUUACUGGAUCGUACCUGCUAGACGGGAACCCGUUCGGCAAACUCUGUAUUCAACUAUAACUCCCCCUCCGUCUCUUCCGGACCAACUGAAGGAGAUGUUUAAACAACAGGAAGUUGUUCGUAUGAAGCUACGGUUGCAACACAGCAUUGAACGGGAAAAGUUAAUCGUUUCCAACGAACAGGAAGUGUUACGAGUUCACUACCGGGCUGCCAGAACACUAGCCAAUCAGACGCUCCCGUUUAGUGCGUGCACCGUGCUAUUGGACGCCGAGGUGUACAACAUGCCGCAGGAUGCCCAGGCAUGUGGCAUGAUGUCACGUUCUGUAGAAUCAGGUGACCAAGAUGGCAAGACGUCUGUGAGGGAUCGUUUCAACGCCCGCCAGUUUAUGUCCUGGUUGCAAGACGUGGACGACAAGUUCGAUAAACUCAAGACGUGUCUUCUGAUGCGGCAGCAGCACGAGGCAGCAGCUCUUAAUGCGGUCCAGCGUCUCCAUUGGCAGCUGAAACUCCAGGAGCUGGAUCCAGUCAUGUACAAGUCCACCUCCAUCUUCGAGAUACCCGAGUUCUACAUCCCCCUGGUAGAGGUCAACGACGACUUUGACCUCACGCCCAUAUGACCCGUGACCUUUAGGCUACACGACCCACGGUAAGGGUCAGGCAGAGGACUGAUGAGGACGGAUCAUCUAGUGGCCAUCUACCUCUAACAGGGAUGAAGUGAUGGAGGGGGUCACAUGUUAGAAGGAAUGAAGUAGAGAGAAGCAAGGUCAAGCACUGAAGUUGACGGAACUUGGAUGUGUGGUAGAGGGCACGGCUCUUGGGGGUGCGUGGUAGAGGGCACGGCUCUUGGGGGUGCGUGGUAGAGGGCACGGCUCUUGGGGGUGCGUGGUAGAAGGGCACGGCUCCUUGGGG